UCUAAUACUCUUUGGUUUAAAAUAUUUGACAAUAAUUUGACAAUUGUUAAGAAUUUUAUUUUUCAGAGCAGAAAACCAACAAGUUUUCUUUUUCCUAAUGGCCGCAGAGGAAGGUUUUGAGCAGUUCGAGGAUGAAGAGGCAGAGAUUCCAAUUGGAGGAACCUUGCCAGGUGGUAGGAAACGGCUUUUUUCCAAAGAAUUACGCUGUAUGAUGUAUGGUUUCGGAGAUGAUCAGAAUCCUUAUACGGAGAGUGUCGAUUUGUUGGAGGACUUGGUAAUAGAAUUCAUCACUGAAAUGACCCACAGAGCUAUGGAGAUUGGACGUACUGGACGGGUACAAGUUGAAGACAUCGUUUUCUUAGUCAGGAAAGAUGCAAGGAAGUAUGCGAGAGUCAAAGAUCUGCUUACAAUGAACGAAGAGCUAAAGAAGGCCAGAAAGGCAUUUGAUGAAGUAAAGUAUGCAGGUACCGUUAGUCAGUAAUUAAUCAUAACCAGACUAUGUAAUUCCAGUAAAGGGAUGAUUUUUAAAAUUUAUGUUUAGGUAGUUUUGACUUCGUAAAUAAUAUUCAAGAUGUAUACACUUCUACUUUAUAAAAUUAUCAAAGAACAGACUUUAUUUCCUGGGAUUACAAAGUAUCAUUAGUUUGAUUGAUUUGAGUGAAUCUAUUAAAAAUAUGAAUUUUUGUUGCUUUAUACGCUUAGUUUCUAAACGUUUUGUAUUAAUUUACAUAGUUAAAUAGGAAGAUCUACAGGAAUGAAAUGUUGCACUUUUAUUUUUUAUGCAAAAGUGAAUGCAAAUCAGUUAACUAUCUUUGAAUGAAGUAGCAAAAUUAUAAUAGUUUAUAGGUUUUUAUUAUUCAUUAUAGUGGAAUGUAUAUAUGACAGUAUUGUUGCUUUAUUUAACAUUCCAUUUUUUGAAUUAUGUUAUCAGUGAAAAGCAUUCAGAAGCAUUAGUUGAAUUAUCAUAUAAAUUGAAGUAUCUAUGCGUUUGUAAAAAAAACCCUGAUUGUGAUCGAAUAUAGGAAUGAUUUAAUUGUAUUUAUUUAGACAUGUCUGUUGCAAUUUAGUAGGGAUUUUCAGUUAAAAUGUAGGUUAUUUGUAUUUCGUAGAAUGCAGUGAAUUGCAUCUUUUGACAAUAACUGCCCAUUAUAUCCGAAGAAUUUUUAUUGAUUCAAUAAUGUAAUUAAAAUAAAAACCCAAGAACUUGUA